AUCAACGUUCGUCAUUGAAUAUAACUGUUUUCUUGUUCAUGCAUUUGGAGAGUAGCACCGCCACCGGCAACGUUGUUUUUGCCUAUCAAAAAUAAUGGCAGCGACCAUUCUAACCGCCGCAACUUCUUACAGUGUCACAGAAGACACCAGAAACCUUUGCAAAAGUAAUCGCAGCAACAGCUUAAUUAAUUUUCCACCAUCUUUUUGUUUAUUUUGAUAUUCAGUUUUUUAUCGCUAGCGGCUGAUGCAGGGUCUUCUAAAAAGGUAUUAGUAGGCAUGGAACAUGAAUUAUAAGGGGUGCACAGCUUGAUUUUUGCCAUCUCAUACCACAAAGUUUUAAUGAUUUUAUGAAUUUGUUAUUAUUAUUUCUAAUACUAGUAUGGGUGGCAUUAACCUGCCUUGGGUAUACUUACCUUAUUCGUCUCCGAGAUUGGGAGACUGCCAGUUUUCUUUACAUGAUAUCAAUACAGGAUCCAAAUGUUGUCUUACCGAGUUGUGACAAAGAAUACAGAGAACGAGCUGUUGUAAAGUGGAUUGGUACUAGUUAUUUAAUUAUGGUUUAAAAAUGUAAGGGGGGCAAAUCGCAAAUGAACUGUGAAUGAGUUAUAAAUCUUGCCCUCCUUUUUUUUUUGUUUGACUAUUUUUUUAUUGAUUAAACACUAUAAAUGCACCUCUUCUCUUCCAAAAAAACGUUAUGAGCACGCUGACAUUGCUGAUUCAGAAAGAAAGAGGUGACUUGUGUUAUCUUAUUAUUUCGUUUUUCUCCGUUGAUCUGUUUCUUUUUACAUUGAUUUGGUGACUUGAAUGUUGCUCUUAGAUCUAUAUAUGUAAUCAAGAUUAAGAAGCUCUCUGACUUAACUUGUUGUCAUUGACAACCUUUAUUGAUUUAGUUUGGUUGUUAAGACCAAACACUGGAUCAUUUCGUUGUUACUUGUUUUGGGCUUCUUUAAUUGGAGGAUUCAAUCCUCGAUAGAACCAUCUCUACAUGAUAUCUUCCUAUCGAAAAGUUUAGAUUGGUGAUCGUUGAGUUUCGUAAACACUGAAUUUAAAUAUGUUUUGUGCAGAAAAGAUGAAAAACAUACAUUUGGUUAAGAAUCUAAACAUUGAAUUCAGAAAAUUUUGGUUUAAAAAUCUAAACAUCUAAUAUAAAGACUUAACGGCCAAGCUGAUGUAAAAUCUAAACAUUUUAUUUUUAUUGUUAUUUUCAUCUUAGAUAUACGUUUGGUUUUGGAUCAAUUAUACUAUUACGCUCCAUUGUUUUAUAGUUGAGAAUGUAAAUGUCAUUAAAAUAAAAUGUAAGCUAUAUUUCAAACUUAUAAAAGACUUGAGGGUAAUUUUAAAUUUGCACAUAAUUUGGGGUAUUCUAUCAAAUAAUCUCUAAUUUCUAUCACGGGUUUUGAUAAUUUCUGUCUUGCAUUGCAUUUCUUCACUCUCCUUGUUCAUGGCUGAUUCUUGAAAAUUGUUAUUCCUACCAUGCCUGCAAUACUCUACUGCUCUUAUAUAUUAGCCAAUAUUUCUCACAAGCUUAAUUAGGGUUUUGAUUUUUGUGGAUUGAUUUGUUUUACGGUUUUGGAUAGCAAUGGAAUUUCCUUAUUGAACUAUGUUGACAGGAAGUAUGGCAUGCAUGAAGCUGGGAUCAAAAUCAGAUUCAUUCAAAAGACAAGGCCAGGAUUGGUUUUGCACAACUGGACUUCCAAGUGAUAUCAUCAUUGAAGUUGGAGAGGUGUCUUUCCAUCUCCACAAGUUUCCCUUGCUCUCUAGAAGUGGAGUCAUGGAAAGAAGGAUUGCAGAGGCGUCUAAAGAAGGGGAUGACAAAUGUCUCAUUCAGAUUUCUGAUUUUCCUGGCGGAGACAAAACGUUUGAGCUAGUCGCCAAGUUCUGCUAUGGUGUGAAGCUCGAACUCACUGCCUCCAACGUUGUAUGCCUCAGAUGCGCUGCUAAGCAUCUCGAGAUGACAGAAGAGUACGGGGAAGGAAACCUAAUUUCCCAAACCGGAAAGUUUUUCAACCAAGUCGUCUUCAAAAGCUGGAAAUAUUCUAUAAAAGCGCUUCAAUGCUGCGAUGAGGUCCUCAAGUACGCUGAUGAAUUCAACAUUACCAAGAAAUGCAUUGAAUCAUUAGCCAUGAGAGCAUUGGCAGAUCCAAACUCGUUCGUGGAGCAUGGUGGUGGGCCCAUGCAGAGUCCAGGUGGCAGCGUUUUAUGGAACGGGAUAAGCACAGGGGCUAGACGUGAAGACACUAGUUCAGAUUGGUGGUACGAGGAUGCGUCCAUGCUUAGUUUUGCUCUUUUUAAGAGACUUAUCACACUCAUGGAUUCCCGAGGAAUAAGAGAAGAAAUCGUCGCCGGUUCCCUAACCUAUUACACCAGAAAAUACUUGCCUGUCUUAAAGCGACGUCACAGUGGUAGUUCUUCCAUCACACCUUUGAGCUCAGGGAGUAGUGUAUUAUUGUCUGAAGAAGAGCAGAAACACUUGCUUGAAGAGAUCCAGGAGCUUGAUCUUCCCUGUAUGCAAAAAGGUUUACUUCCGACCAAGUUUUUCGUAGACAUGCUUAUAAUCGCCAAGAUUCUGAAAGCUAGUCCGAGUUGCAUAGAGAAUUUGGAGAAGCGGAUAGGGAUGCAGCUUGACCAGGCGACGUUGGAAGAUCUUGUAAUGCCUAGCUUUUCUCAUACUAUGGAGACUCUAUAUGACGUUGACUCUGUGCAAAGGAUCCUGGACCAGUUUCUUAGUAAGGAUCAGGCUAUGCCCUCCUCCUGUUCUUCAGUAGAAGAUGGGAAUUUAAACGGAUCCUCACAGUCAAUGGCAGCUGUUGCGAAGCUGAUAGAUGGGUAUCUUGCUGAAGUGGCUCCGGAUGUCAAUCUCAAGCUUGCAAAGUUCCGAGCUUUAGCCGCUUCGGUUCCUGAAUACGCCAGACUCUUAGAUGACGGGCUCUAUCGUGCAAUAGACAUUUACCUAAAGCAUCAUCAGUGGUUAGCGGAAACAGAAAGAGAGGAUCUUUGUAGGCUGUUAGACUGCCAAAAGCUCUCUAAGGAAGCUUGCACACAUGCAGCACAGAACGAGAGGUUGCCUCUAAGAAUAAUUGUCCAAGUGCUCUUCAUCGAGCAACUUCAGCUCAAGGCCUCUGUUGCUGAAUGCCUUCCGGUUUUAGGCAGCCUCGAUGGCCGGUCAAGAAAGUUAGGAAGCGACCGAUUUUCAGGAGAAUCAACCAAAGGAGGAUGGGAAACCGCAGUAAGGGAGAAUCAAGACCUGAAAGUUGGAAUGGACAAAAUGAGAAUGCGGGUUUGGGAGUUAGAGAAACAAUGUUCAAAAAUGAGACAGGAGAUAGAGAAACUCGAUAAGACAACAAAAGGUGGUGGUGCUUUUGGAAUCGGCAGCAAAACGUGGGAAAACGUUUCUAAGAAACUCGGAUUCGGUAUGAAGCUGAAGUCACAUCAAAUGGACAGUGCUCAAAAAGUAUCCAGCUUAAAGUCUAACAACGAGAAUGUGAAGAUAGAGAAGCUUAAGGAUGUCAAAGAACGUCAAGGGAAGUAUUAGUUCGGAAAUGUGAGAAAUGGAAAAAGUUUCAUGGAUUGAUUUUCAAGUUACCGUAUUUGGAAAUUCGAAUUGUUUAGCUUUUAAGAAGAAAAAGAAGCGUUUGUUGUUAAAAUGUGUGCAUCUUAUCUUUCAUGACCAAUCUAUGUUUUUUUAGGUAUCUUAUUUUUUUGGAUCAAAAUUUUGAGGUGGUAAAGAAAAUCUCAAUUAACCUCCACAAUUCUAAAUGAAAUUAUGAAGAGACAAUUAUAUCCUUUGCCCGGUUAUACAAUGAUUUAAAAUGCAUAAGUUUUGAAUAACAAGAACAUUCAAAAUUAGUAGGAUCCAAUUUCGAAAAGAAAAAGAGUUCAUUUCUCUUUCUUAAAAAUUGAUAUAGUUGUUUGAGACAACUGAGAUAACAACAACUGAAAAAAUUAAUAGAAUUGGAACAACUAACAAAACUGAUACAAUUAGUACAACUAAGGUCAAUAAUACAAUUGGGAUUGGAAAAAAAACAUUUGCAAGCAUAUUUCAAGCUGGUUUGAUAGUAAAAACUCCAGAUGUUAAUUGUGUUUCUGUUCUGUGACUCUUAUGUGUUUGAGGAUGUUGUUUGUGUUCAAUUUGUGUAACGUUUGGGAUGUUCUUUUGUUUAGUAAUACUAGAUACGAAUGUGAUAUGCUCAAAUAUAGUCUGAGCUACUUUACAAAUUUAUAGGUGCAAUAGUAGUAUGUAGGGUCAAAUCUACUGAAACUCAAGAUCACUCAAUAGAUAUCAAUUUUCGAAUUAAGUUAAACAAAGAAGAAUGUUGUGAAAAUAAAAGAGAAAUAAAAACGGUUGUAAGUUUGAUUAGGAAAAACGCUAGACUUAGGAAUAUUCUCAUGUAAAUCAGAAUUGCAGAUCAAACAAUUUGUUAAAAGUUUAUGAAGAACAGUUUUGAACUCAAAUCACAAUAUUAAAAUUAAUCAACUUUCGUUGCAGAGAUUACAUAUGUCUAGAUCCUAGAAUUAUAAUGUUUUUGCAAAUUUCAUAGUUAAGACAAGCAUUAAACCCAUGUUUGGUAAGUUCACAAAAUCCAUAAACCAAAUUUCUUUGGAGAUAAGUAUUUUCCUCUUCUAAUAUUAAAUCAGGAAAUCAAUCACACUUUCAUAUCUACUAGUUAUCCUAAAAUCUAAAUUUUAGGUUGUCAGUCCACAACUAGCUUUAGGUUCAAUCUAGAUGAAGAACAGAAGAUUACCGUAACAAUUUUAUCACUCGAAUAAUUCAUCCUUAAGCAUUGAAAAACUCUAAAUUUAACAAAUAGAUUACUCAGACAUAUUCAAUGAAAUAUAAAUCAUUACUUGAAUAAAUUGCAUUAAAAUAAAUA